AUGAUGGAUCCUGUUCCAAGUUUGCAGCCUUUGCCAAUUGACACACGAUUCCCAAUAUUGCAAUUCGAAUCAACCUGGGUUCCAAUCUGGCUUGAAUCUCAUAUUCUGCAUCUUCUCAUAGUAUUCGGCCUCGUGUUCCUCGAUCUCUUCCAAACCAGAGGUCAAAUCAGCAGUAGCUGGGUCAACCAUCUUGGAUUUCAUGAUAAGCUUCCAUCCAACAAGAAUCACGAUAUUCAGGAACAGAAUCAGGUAGUAGUACAGGAAGGAGUCAAUGUUGAACUCCGGAACGAAAGCGAAAACACCCAAGAAAGCUAUCACAAUGAACAUGCAAACAGCACCGUAGAUUGCAGGAUAUGGCUGCCAUUUGGUCAAAAUGCUUUGCAGUGGCAGAGUACUUCUGUCCAGUCCUUGGGCCUUGCAUGCUCUGUAGAAUCCGAGAUAAACAAUCAUCAUGUAGAAGUAGUUGAUGAGCUGAGAUCCAGUGGUGAGGUUGAUCAACCAAUUAAGCACAGUAGAUCCUCUACCAUCAAGCUCCAACAGCGACAAACAAGCGAAGGCAGUGGAAACAACAAGACACACAAAUGGCACACCGUCACGGGUUGUGUAAGUGAAGAUUUUCAAAGACAGCCGUCUCUUAGCCAGAGCAAAAAGAGAUCUGGUACCGCAGUACAUGUAAGAGUUUCCUGCAGAGAAGGAAGACAGCAUACACAAAACGUUCACAAUGUCUGGCAGCACUUUGAUACUCAUGUUUUGCAUCGAGAUAACAUACGGGGAAACGUUGGCUCCCGAAGCUCCCUCAGCAACAGCGUUAGCAAGCUUUGGAUCGUUGUGAUUCAGAACAAUACCAACACACAAAGCACCUCCGACGAAGAAGAACAGCAAUCUGAACACGAUGGUCUUGAAUGCCGUCACCAUGGUCUUUCUUGGGUUCUCUGCCUCUCCUGCCACCAUUCCCAGGUAUUCUGGGGCAGCCAUAGAGAAAAUGGCUUUACAGUAAGCAGACCAGAAAGCACUGGCACCUGUUCCGAGAUAUUUUGGGAAUGCGUUCUCAUAACUUCCGAAAUUUCUGAAACCGUAUCUGUCAUGCUGAGGGUUUCCUCCCAACAUGGUGAUGAAAGUGUAGAACAUCAAACCAGUAGCCAAGAUAAUUUUUCCAGAUGA